GGAGUGGAAUAGUCCUCCUCCCAACUCCCAGCCAAAAUGGCGGCCAGAAAGCGAAAGUUUGCGGACGCCGUUAAUAAUGGGUCGUUUUCUGGCUCAAACGGCCCUGCAAAACAGCCCAGAAGGUCUGUAGAGGACUUCAGGGAGUGGACAGUGCACGACGUCUGCAAUUUCCUCACCGAAAACGGCCAGAAGGAUGAUCAUGAUACAGUGGAGGUCUUCAAACGUGAAGAGAUAUGUGGUGCAGUAUUACCUGACAUUACAGAAGAGAGACUUGAGAAAAUGGGAUUCAGAACAAUGGGGAAAAGACUACUACUACUGAAGCUGCUAGAAAGGUUCAAGCUUGUCCCUGUCUCACUGGAGAACUGCAAGAUAUUCAAUGACCCCAUCCAUGGCCAUAUAGAAAUGCACCCCCUCUGUAUAAAGAUCAUCGACACUCCCCAGUUCCAGAGGCUGAGGUUCAUCAAACAGCUGGGAGCCUGUUACUGGGUCUUCCCUGGAGCCUCUCAUAACAGAUUUGAGCAUUGUCUGGGUGUGUAUCACUUGGCUGGAUGUCUGGUGAAGACCCUGAGGAAACGUCAGCCUGAACUGGGCAUCAGUGAUGUGGACGUUCUGUGUGUGGAGAUAGCUGGGCUCUGCCAUGACUUAGGGCAUGGACCAUUCUCCCAUUUCUUUGAUGGACAGUUCAUCCCUUUGGCCAGACCAGGCUUCAAAUGGAAGCAUGAGCAUGCCUCUGUGCAGAUGUUUGAUCACCUGAUCGAGCAGAAUGACCUGAAGAACGUGUUCCUGGAGUACAAUGUCGGGGAGAGGGACCUCAUCUUCAUCAAGGAACAGAUCGCAGGACCUCUGGCAGUGACCAGGAACCAGGCUUGGCCAUACAAAGGCAGAGAUGAAGAGAAGAGCUUCCUGUAUGAGGUUGUAGCCAACAAGAGGAAUGGGAUUGAUGUGGACAAGUGGGACUACUUUGCGCGAGACUGCCACCACCUGGGCAUCUCUAACAAGUUUGACCACAUGCGCUUCAUGAAGUUUGCCAGGGUUAUCAACGUGGACGGGCGCAGGCAGAUCUGCACCAGGGACAAGGAGUGCAGUAACCUGUAUGACAUGUUCCACACCCGGAGCAGUCUCCAUCGCAGAGCCUACCAGCACAAGGCUAACAAGUGUGUGGAGAUCAUGAUUGUAGAGGCCCUACUGAAAGCUGACAAGUACAUCAGAAUACCUGGCAAGGAUGGUGCUCAAGUCAAGCUGUCUGAGACUCCAGACGACAUGCAUGCCUACACCAAGCUGACAGACCACAUCUUCCAGCAAGUCCUGUACUCCCAGCAGCCUGAGCUGGAGGAGGCCAGGUCCAUCCUCAGGGAUGUGGAGAGUCGCAGGCUGUACCGCUGUGUGGGGCAGACACGCCCGCAGCAAGGAUGCCUCAUAUCACAGGAUGAAGCCCCCUCCUGGUCUGAGGAGAUAGUGACAUCCCUGACAGAGGAGGAACUGGGAGCUCCUCAGCUCAGUCCUGGGGACAUUGCUGUCAGUGUUGUGGACAUGGACUAUGGAAUGGGUGAUAAGAACCCCAUUGACCAUGUCAGGUUCUACGACAAGAGCAAGAUGGACAAUGCCUGCAGGGUCAGGAAGGAAGAGGUCUCCCAGAUGCUACCUGAAACCUUUGCGGAGCAGCACAUAAGAGUGUACUGCAAGAAGAGAGACCAACAGAGUAUUGACAUAGCAGAAAGGUGCUUCAUACAGUGGUGUGAUAACCGACAGGAUAGACUGAAGAAACCCAAGGGAGGGAAGGCAUCAGCACCAGAGCUGACUCCACUGAAGAAGGAUGAGGUAGAGAAGGAAGACGGGGCGAGCACCUCAGCCUCGCCCCCCACCCGACAUGACUCUGUGAGAAGCAGGCUGUCACUGUAGUCUACAGCCAUGCAUUGUGGCAUUGCUAGCUCCAUACACUUGCCUUCCAAAGCCUUGCUGUUAGUAUUACUGUAUUGAGUGACAUUUGAGUGUCACUACAAGGCAAAACAAAGCUUUUUGUUACUUUCAAAAUGUUUUUUUUAAGAUUAUGAAAAUCUUUU